AUUGUGGGCAGCUCCCCACUUCGCAGCCGCCGCCGUCGCCCGAGGAGGAUCGGGGCCGGGCCGGGCCGGGCCGGGAUGGUCGCGGUCGGGAGGCCGCCGCCGCCACCGCCGGAGGGAGCGGGCCGCCCAGCGCUGCACUGAGCCGCCCCCGCCCCGCCCCGGCCCCGGGGGAUGCGCCGCCCCGCGCCGCUGCCUUCACCGCCGCCGCCGCAGCCGCAGCCGCAGCCGCAGCGGACACCGAGCAGGUAGAUGGCCCCCCAAGGGCAGGCCCUGCGGGCACCCCUCCCUCCGGCUGGCGGAUGCAGUGCCUAGCGGCAGCUCUUAAGGACGAAACCAACAUGAGUGGGGGAGGGGAGCAGGCCGACAUCCUGCCGGCCAACUACGUGGUCAAAGAUCGCUGGAAGGUGCUGAAAAAGAUCGGGGGCGGGGGCUUCGGUGAGAUCUAUGAGGCCAUGGACCUGCUGACCAGGGAGAACGUGGCUCUCAAGGUGGAGUCAGCCCAACAGCCUAAGCAGGUCCUCAAGAUGGAGGUGGCUGUGCUCAAAAAGCUUCAAGGCAAGGACCACGUGUGCAGGUUCAUUGGCUGUGGCCGUAACGAGAAGUUUAACUAUGUGGUGAUGCAGCUCCAGGGCCGGAACCUGGCUGACCUGCGCCGCAGCCAGCCAAGGGGCACUUUCACGUUGAGUACCACACUGCGCCUGGGCAAGCAGAUCCUGGAGUCCAUUGAAGCCAUUCACUCCGUGGGCUUCCUGCACCGUGACAUCAAGCCGUCCAACUUUGCCAUGGGCCGGCUGCCCUCGACCUACAGGAAGUGCUACAUGUUGGACUUUGGGCUAGCCAGGCAGUACACUAACACCACUGGGGACGUCCGGCCUCCUCGGAAUGUGGCCGGGUUCCGGGGGACUGUCCGCUACGCCUCGGUCAAUGCUCACAAGAACCGGGAGAUGGGCCGCCAUGAUGACCUGUGGUCCCUCUUCUACAUGCUGGUGGAGUUUGCUGUGGGCCAGCUGCCCUGGAGGAAGAUCAAAGACAAGGAGCAGGUGGGGAUGAUCAAAGAGAAAUACGAGCACCGGAUGCUACUGAAGCACAUGCCAUCCGAGUUUCAUCUCUUCCUGGACCACAUUGCCAGCCUCGACUACUUCACCAAGCCCGAUUACCAGUUGAUCAUGUCAGUGUUUGAGAACAGCAUGAAGGAGCGGGGCAUUGCCGAGAACGAGGCCUUUGACUGGGAGAAGGCAGGCACUGAUGCCCUCCUGUCCACGAGCACCUCCACCCCACCCCAGCAGAACACGCGACAGACCGCAGCCAUGUUUGGAGUGGUCAAUGUGACACCGGUGCCUGGGGACCUGCUUCGUGAGAACACUGAGGACGUACUGCAGGGAGAGCACCUGAGUGACCAGGAGAACGCACCCCCAAUCCUGCCCGGGAGGCCUCCAGAGGGCUUGGGCCCUGGUCCCCAUCUUGUUCCCCACCCUGGGGGUCCUGAGGCUGAAGUGUGGGAGGAGACAGAUGUCAACCGCAACAAACUGCGCAUCAACAUUGGCAAAACCCCCUGUGUGGAGGAAGAGCAGAGUCGAGGAGUAGGGGUCCCCAGUUCCCCAGUGCGUGCCCCCCCAGACUCCCCAACAACCCCAGUGCGGUCUCUAUGCUACCGGAGGGUCAACAGCCCAGAGUCGGAGAGGCUGUCUACAGCUGCUGAUGGUCGGGUAGAGCUGCAGGAGAGGAGGUCACGGAUGGAUCUGCCUGGCUCCCCCUCCCGCCAGGCCUGCUCCUCACAACCAGCUCAGAUGCUGUCAGUGGACACGGGCCAUGCUGACAGGCAGGCCAGUGGCCGCAUGGACGUCUCUGCCUCUGUGGAGCAGGAGGCCCUGAGCAACGCCUUCCGCUCAGUGCCACUGGCUGAGGAGGAAGACUUUGACAGCAAGGAGUGGGUCAUUAUUGACAAGGAGACGGAGCUCAAGGACUUCCCUCCCGGGGCUGAGCCUAGCACAUCAGGCACCACUGAUGAAGAGCCCGAGGAGCUGCGGCCCCUGCCCGAGGAGGGCGAGGAAAGGAGGCGACUGGGGACAGAGCCCACUGUCAGGCCGCGUGGACGUGGUAUGCACACGCUGACAGAGGAGGACCCACGGCAGAUGCUGCCCCAGCCUGCACCACCUCAGUUGAGCCAGGCUGAUGGCCGGUCAGAGACAUCACAGCCACCCACGCCUGGCAGCCCUUCCCACUCUCCCUUGCACUCGGGACCCCGACCUCGACGGAGAGAGUCAGAUCCCACGGGCCCUCAGAGACAGUUGGAGGAGGACAGACUCUCGGGGCACUCCCUCCCGCGGUACAGCCCCCUGCGACGACUGGCUUCCUCCGUGUUCUCCUCCUCCACGCUGGAGACGGAGCACUACCCUCACCCCGGCGGCGGCGGCUCCUCGGGCUCCUCCGGUUCCCUCAUUCAGCGCAGCCGCUCCGCUGAGAGCAGCCCGGUGCGUGCGCCCCAUCGGCGCCACGCGCCCCUGGCAGCCGGCAACCACAGACUCGUGCCCUCGGUGCUCCGCAUCUCGCGGUCCCAGCUGCAGCAGGUGUGGGCACGGUUCACCCACAAGACCUAGGCUGGGCUCCCCCCCCCCUCCUGGAGGGGGCAGGUGUGGGGGGGGUUGGGGAGCAGACAGAGAUCAAGGUUCCUUCCCAGGACGCAAUAAUCACAGGCCAUACAGCCCAUCCCACCCACGUGCAAUACGCCCCCCUAGAAGGUUGGCCCGCGAUGAUACUGUAAAACUCCCACCCCACCAGAGGCUCUGUCCUCAGAGGCUCGGUCUGGGGUGGGCUCCUUUGCUAGGGGCCAGCCAAACUGGUGCAGGGAGGGGUGGUGCGCUGGCGCAGUUGGAUAGAACAGGAGCCCUGAGGUGCAGCUACCAGGGGCUCCAGAAUCCAGGGGAAACCAAGAUGUAGGGGGAGCUGAGGUGUUCCGGGGGCAGUCUGGCUUGGGGUCAGGUUCUGUUUACUCUGUGAUGUCUUAGCGGGUCAGAGUCUGAUCCACCCAUGAAGGGUUGGGUUGGUGGGAGAGUUGGAACUUCUCCACAGGUGUGCGUCUGGGUCUGUCUAGUUGGGCUGGGUAGAAUGUGAUGGCAGCUGGUCAAACUCGGCUUGGGUGUGACACGAGGGUGUCUAUAUUCAGUGAUGGGGAGUGGGCAGCCCUGUGACCUAGUGAACAUUUCCCAUCCACCACCACCGAGGUCAGAGUCCCUUCCCCGCCCUCUCUGACAAGCCCAUGCGCUGUCCACAGUCACUCACAUGGUCCCCAAGACUCCCAUGUGUCACUCACAGAGAGGCUUGACUGCCCUGAAGGCCUUCAGGAGCUGGGUAUGAAUAGAGGUGAUCCGCAAGACCCAGCCUGCAGGCAAUAUGGAGAAUGAUAAAGGAAAUGGGAUCUACCAGAUCCUGGGCACAGGGGCAUUUUAUUUCAGAACAAGUCCCAGACAGACUGCUCAGAUCUGCCACUCCCAGGGGGAUGACUCCUGGAGGUACCCUGGGUGUGGUGUAGACAGAACACAAGAUAGGCAGGUCAAGAGAGAAUCCAGAGAUUAGUGGGCAGAUACCUAACUGCUCCGCCCUCUUCUGACCACCUCAGUUUCCCAACCUGUCACUGCAGGGACCCCACUUUUUUCUCUCUUCAUUCCUGCCCAUGCCAACCAGCAAGGCUUGGGGAGUGGUGGGAAGGGGGUUACUAGAGAUGGUAGUGCCCGACCAGGGAGCAGAGGAACUAGAGUUUGCAAACCGUGUGUUUUGGUGAGCUUGUGGGCAUGAGUGUGCUUAGCUAUGGCCAUGCACACACAGGGCUGUCCGGGAUGGAGGCUCAGACUCUGUUGUUCGUGCACAAUUCCAGAGAACACCAUUUAAGUAGACCCUGGUAUGACCAGCACCUACUGAAGUUAAAUGGUGCUGCAGCUGUGUGUGUGCGUGUGUGUGUGUGUGUGUGUGUGUGUGUGUGUGUGUGUGAGCACUUGCGCGUGGGCAUGUGUGUGAGCACAUGCGUGUGCAUGUGUGUUUGAGCUGUCCUCAGUAGUUUCCCGGUCUUGUUCUGCUCUUCUUAUGCGUUUCCCCUCUGACCUCUGAUCCUCUCAACCCUGUGACCAUCAACUUCCCCAAAUAUUCCUGAUUUUAGUAGAGGUCUUAGGGCCCUUGGAUCAACAUUGGGGAUGCUUACACCUAGUGGGCAGUGCCCAGGAGCCGAGCUAUCCAUGUAUGCACAUGGCCAACAUCGAGAUGUGGCCCAGCAGUUCUGCAAGUCAGUUCCCACAGUCACCGCUUUCUUCUCUAAAACAACUUCUUUUUUUUUUUUAACACAUCUUUUCCAUGUAGCAACCAAAGCCAGAGCCAUGUUCUAACCCUAUGCCCUUCUCAAGCCUGGCUGCUCACUUUUGAAGGUCUUCAAUCCCGAGUCUCUAUGGCCCUCUGGGCUGUUUUGGAUGGCUCUGCCCGGGCAGGAGUUGGAGAGAUGUCCAGGGAGACUUCUUGAGAAAAAAAAGCAAAACAAACCGGAAACACAAAGCACAAAGGCGAGGGGUGGGGAUACACAGCAGCCCCUCCCUGCUUUCAGCACUGCCCGGCCCCUGACCCUCUGCCCUCCAUGUAAUGGCUGGGCUUCUCCUUGUUCAUAGAUUCCACAAGUCAGCUGCACUGGGAUUCCAGGCAACCCAGUACUCCACUAUCUGGCAUUCCUUUCUGGAGAGUUCCACCACCAGACCUGAGCAGAGCCCCACCUGAGUGGCUGCAGUUGUCCCUGAGCUAUUCUGAGAUCCUCAAGUGCCUUAAGGCUUAUCAACAACAAUGGCACUGGCUUGAGCCUCAGUUUUAGCAUUAUAUACAUACUGCUGUCUCUCAAGCUGUUAGGAAUGGGGGAUCUGCACCCCCACCUCUCAGUCACAAAGGACAACCCCCAUGGGAAGGUAGUAGUCCUUUAAAACAAGGCCACCAUUCAAAAUGUCUGGCUCUCCAGAAGGCGUCCCUUUGCCUUGGUCUUUGUGGUGGAGGAGUUCAUAAGCCAUUAUGGGCAACGGGAGGGAGGUCUUCUUGACAGAACUGCAUCUUUGGGGAGGGGUCAUGUUGACUUUUGCAAACUGUGCCACAAUCUCAUGGAACUGGGUGGAGCUCUGCAUGGCUUAGGGCGGAGUCUCUGAUUCCCAGGUGUGGCAGGGCUGUCCCUGAGCCUGCACGGCAGCAGAUCUCUUAUCUUUGUAGCUCCCCAGAGAGCAGAGUGUGGAGAAGCGAGCGUCUCUCCCUGGGGGAGAAGGGCAUGGCUUCUUGAGAAAUAACUUUGCCAGUAGGCGGCGCUCCUGGCCUGAAGCAAGGUGGCUUCGUACUUGGCACACAAGGGAGUCGUCAGGUAUCCUGUACUGUAAUCUUCCCAUUGGCACACAGUGCUUCUUCCUGUGCGCCAUGAUCUGAGCACUUGACAAAAUUAACUCACUUGAACCCCAUACUAACUUGUGGAGAGAGAGAGCCCAGUGCCAUUGCGUUGGGUGGAUUAGUCAGAUGUUCCCUCUACAAGAGCUUAAGUUGGUAAAAAAGCCGCCUGGUGCUGAGUAACUGUGGUCUCAGGCCGUAAGAGUCAUUAAAUGUUGUGACCUGGUGGUUUUUUCUGCUGGUCCCCUCUCGGAAGAGGAGGGUUGUCUUUGGACUGUCCUUCUCCUCCUUCUCCAGUCCCACCUUGUCGUGGGACUGCAGCCAGAUAUGAGGCACCUCAGAGAACUGGGGUUGGCUAAGUUGGCUGGACACUGACCACGCCGCCCCCUUGAUCUCACAAGAGUUGUAUAGCAGCACUAGAGACAGAGUGGCCUGACCAGGAUACCGUAGAUGGCAGGGGCUUGCACUCCUGACUUUGGCCCUACUGGAGGGUCUCAGGGGUCAGACUCACAGAUAGCAGAGAUCACUUGCUGAGCACUGAUGGGACUUUGUGAGGAUGUCACCAACUCACACAAAGAGACCAAACAGUGACAGUAAGUUUCCGAUAAGGGAAACUCCACUCCACUCCAGUCACUCUCCAAAACACCAGUCAUUGCUGCUGUCUUCCUUUUUUUUUUUUUUUAAAGAUUUAUUUAUUUCUUAUAUGUAAGUACGCUGUAGCUGUCUUCAGACACUCCAGAAGAGGGCAUUAGAUUCCAUUACAGAUGGUUGUGAGCCACCAUGUGGUUGCUGGGAAUUGAACUCAGGACCUUUGGAAGAGCAGUCAGUGCUCUUAACUGCUGAGCCAUCUCUCCCACCCCCCUUUUUAAUCUGAACUCUCCAAAUUUUUAAUCAUUGAUCACACACACACACACACACACACACACAGGGCAGUUUUGGGGAAGAGCUAGUAACUUAACCCUGAGGACUCCUCACUGCAUCACCCGUCUAGGCUCAAAGCAAGGUAGUUCUUCAGCAAGCACACCAGCCAAGCAGCUGCUUAGGAUACUAGCUGCUAGUGAGGCGUGGUGGGCGUGGUGUGUGUGUGUGUGUGUGUGUGUGUGUGUGUGUGUGGUGUAUUUGUGUGGUAUGUGUGUGCAUGUUGCUGUGGUGAGCCCGGGUAUGUGGAGUUAUUGGAGUUUUUCCUUGUGUGUGGAGUAGGACUGCCUAAUAGGGGUAGUAUUUUCUUAGACAGAGAGGGGUGUGUCCUGAGGACUCUAGAUUGGUUGGAAAAUGCUGUAUUAAAUUCCUCAUAAUUAAUACACACCCCAUACACUCAAGGCAGCUUGGGUCAUAGCAAUAGCAACUCAGAAUUCAUCCCAGCCACUAACCCUGAGCCCAAUACUCUCUCUCUAAAUUUCCAGUCUGAGGGAAAACAGCCCUUCCCAGUGGAUUGUGGCGUGGCACCUCUGGGCCAGCCAGUCCUGGCUCCCUCCUUCCUACCUCUGUCCUCUGCCCUGCCUUGGUCUCUUUUUCCGGGGCAGGGUGGUGCUGUCUGUUCAGGCAGGGGUUGGGGGAGCAUGGGACACUGCAGGACGGCAGGAGCUGUGUCAGUGUUAAUGGGUGGUUUGGGAAGGAACCAUGCGUUAGGGGGAUUCGGUGCACAUUGGAGGUUGGGGUACCCUCCUGGGCUGGGGACACAGAUGAUGUAUUCGCUGCUGUCCUUGAGUUGAUGUGACAGUUGGAGGAAGCAUAGAGAUCUAAGGGUCUGCAACAUCUGCCGUGCCCAAAUCUCCACUUAGAUAUGGGACACUCCUAACCAGAGAGGCAGAAGCCGUGUCCAACCCCAUUGCAUCUGACUUUUAAAGCAUCCUUCUCCCUAAGGGAGAGGCUUCCAGGCUGAGGACCAUCUCCCUCAGAUAACCCCACACAUACUCGGUGGACUUCCCAGCCUGGGAGGCCCCUGAGCCCACCCAAAAAGAGGUGGGGAAGGAACUGGGAAACCUUCCUUAGCCCUCUGCUUUCCCUGGGGUUUCCCAUCACUCACCACUUGCCCUUGGAUCCUGCACAGGCUGUGGGUUGGGGGAAUGACUACCCACGCACACGCACGCGCACACUCCGCAGCCUCACGCACACUUCAUCCACUCUCCGGACCCGCAAACUUAGCAUCCCAAACCCGGAGCGUCGUACUCGAGACCCUGUCGCAGGUUUCUAACUGUUAAGGACCCUUGUUGCUCACUCCAGCCCUGAACCCGCCCCAGGGCCCGUCCACCCAAUCAAUACCCAACCCCUGCAGCCAUCACUAACACGAAUGUAUGUUCAGUCUUUUUAACCAGCUGCUACUUGGCGUGCCCCUGGUACCGCCGGCCUCGGAGUCCCCGCCCCGCCCCGUCCCGCCCCGCGCCGGCCGAGCCGGGUCCCCAACUCUGGUCCCCGCCCCGCCAAGCUGCCUGCUGCUAAAGUUCUUUUGGGUUAGCGCCCCCGCCGCCCCGCCUUUGCGCUCUGUUUUGUUUGUUUUUCCCUUCUGCCGGCUCGUGGCCGCUGGGUGCCUGGCCUGGAGGCAAGGUGGGGACAAGUGGGGGACUCGCUCCACAGUGCUUCCAGGGUUAGGGUGCAGACCAGGGGCGGGGGGAUAUGGGAGGAGCUGGCUCCAAGAGCCCGACCCCCCUCCCGAUUCCGGUUACCUCACCGCCCAUAGGGCUGCCCCCCACCCUUGGCCUUGCAGUAGGAUGCCAAAGAGCCCAGAGUUGAGGGGGAGCCAAACUUUGAGCCUAGGUCUCUCAGAGCCACCCAACCCUUUUGCCCCUGCUCCGAUCCGUGUCCUUUGUCCCAUCCCAUCUGCCACUAAGGGCCCUGGGGGGCUCCUCAAACAUGCCCCCACUUCCAACUCUUCCCCCACCCCCACCCCCGAAAAUAAAACUCAGGGACCAACAUCUGCUUCCUUUGCACUUGCUCCGUCGACCCCUCCCCCAGGUGGAGGGGCUUCCGUGGGGGAAGGGGCAGGUUCCAGGGCCCCUAGAGUUGACAGUAUUGCCGCAGAGAGGGGCUGGCCUCUGCCCCCUAAAAGGUGGGACUGGUGGUGUGGGGAAACUCAGCCCCAGGACCGAAUUAAGCUCCCUCUCUACAGAACCCCUCCCCCCAGGGGAUGGGAUGAUGGGAUGGGAGGGUGGUUGGCAAGAAGACCCUCCCGGAGGUCUCCAGUCCCAGCCAGUUUAUUCCUGAGCUCCUCCUCAAUCCCGAGUCUUUCCUCAACCCCCCUUUUGUAUUGCAAUAACACUGUAUGAUACGCUUGCACUAUCUAUCCCCUUACCCCGGCCAGCUUAAGCAUGCACGAGAAACUCAAAUCCACACACACAUGAAGACGGGACGCUUUUUUUUUUCUUUUCUUUUCUUUCCUUUCUUUUUAUGUUUUAUUAUUUGUUUGUUUGUUUUGUUUCUUACAUACCCCACACACACCCCCGUUUUCUUCCUAGUUCUCUCCGAGCUGCGUCCUCCUUAGUGUACAUAGCAGCGUCAGGGGCCCUGGACCCGGGUUAGAAAAGCAUGCACUGAGCCCCCCCACCCCCACCCCAGACUGCGAGUACUGUACAAAUCCAACACUUGAAACCGACACGCACACGCGCGGCGCCGCCACAGGGGUGGGACACGGACACGCACCCACGCGCACACGACCGUGCACUGGCGGGGGUGGGGGCGCCCCGCCGUCAGGCGUCGCUGUGCAAGGGAUCUUGUGCCUUUUAAAGUCCCUGUAUGUUCAUGCAGACAAUCCGGAGAGCUUGUGUACUACCAAAUCCUGAUUAAAGACGCCUUCCAGGAA